GUGGUGGUUUUUAGUAAGAAACCCCGUAGUGAAUCGCCAUUCGGUUACUGCAACACAAAUCCAAAAUGGCAGGAGCUGAUGGAGACGAUUCUCUCUACCCUAUCGCCGUGCUCAUUGAUGAGCUUCGCAAUGAAGAUGUCCAGCUGCGAUUGAACAGCAUCAAGAAACUGUCAACCAUUGCAUUGGCACUGGGAGUGGAGAGGACCCGCACUGAACUCCUCCCCUUCCUCACGGACACCAUUUAUGAUGAGGAUGAGGUGCUUCUUGCCUUGGCUGAGCAGCUGGGCAACUUCACCAUGCUUGUUGGAGGCCCUGAAUAUGUUCACUGUCUUCUGCCACCCCUGGAGAGCCUGGCUACCGUGGAGGAGACGGUAGUGCGGGACAAGGCGGUGGAGUCUCUACGUAAGAUCUCCCAGGAGCACUCCCCCGUGGACCUGGAGGUGCACUUUGAGCCCUUGGUGAAGAGGCUGGCAAGUGGUGACUGGUUCACCUCCCGCACCUCCGCCUGUGGCCUGUUCAGCGUCUGCUAUCCACGCGUGUCCAGCACUGUCAAGGCCGAAAUUCGCCAGCAUUUCCGCACUCUGUGUUCCGAUGACACUCCCAUGGUCCGCCGGGCCGCUGCCUCCAAGCUGGGGGAGUUUGCCAAGGUCCUAGAGUUGGACUAUGUCAAGAGUGACAUCAUUUCCCUCUUCACGGCACUGGCCUCUGACGAGCAGGAUUCAGUGCGCCUGCUGGCGGUUGAGGCGUGUGUGAGCAUCGCUACGCUGCUGCCCCAGGAGGACCUGGAGACCCUGGUGAUGCCCACCCUGCGCCAGGCUGCCGAGGACAAGUCUUGGAGGGUCCGCUACAUGGUCGCCGACAAGUUUUCUGAGCUCCAGAAGGCAGUGGGACCGGAGAUCACCAAGAAUGACCUAGUUCCAGCUUUCCAGAACCUGCUGAAGGACUGUGAGGCAGAGGUCCGUGCUGCCGCAGCCAACAAGGUCAAAGAGUUUUGUGAAAACCUCCCAGAAGACAGCCGAGAAACCAUCAUCAUGACUCACAUCCUGCCCUGUGUCAAGGAACUGGUGUCUGACACCAACCAGCAUGUUAAGUCUGCCCUGGCCUCUGUCAUCAUGGGCCUCUCCACCAUCCUGGGAAAAGACAACACGGUCGAGCAUCUGCUGCCUCUGUUCCUGGCCCAGCUCAAGGACGAGUGCCCUGAGGUUCGUCUGAACAUCAUCUCCAACCUGGACUGUGUCAACGAGGUGAUCGGCAUCCGUCAGCUCUCCCAGUCCCUGCUGCCCGCCAUCGUGGAGCUGGCUGAGGAUGCCAAGUGGCGGGUGCGCCUGGCCAUCAUCGAGUACAUGCCCCUGUUGGCCGGGCAGCUGGGAGUGGAGUUCUUUGAUGAGAAGCUGAACACUCUCUGCAUGGCGUGGCUCAUUGACCACGUUUACGCUAUCCGUGAAGCGGCCACCUGUAACCUAAUGAAGCUAGUGGAGAAGUUUGGAGCGGAGUGGGCCCAGAACACCAUCGUGCCCAAGGUGCUCGGCAUGGCCAACGACCCCAACUAUCUACACAGGAUGACCACGCUCUUCUGCAUUAAUUCUCUGUCUGAGGCCUGUGGUCAGGAGAUUACAACUAAACAGAUGCUCCCCGUUGUCCUGAAGAUGUCUAACGACCAGGUUGCCAAUGUGCGUUUCAACGUGGCCAAGUCCCUCCAGAAAAUUGGCCCAGUCCUUGACAGCAGUGCCCUUCAGACAGAGGUGAAACCAGUCCUGGAGAAACUAGCCACAGACACCGAUAUGGAUGUUAAGUACUUUGCUCAGGAAGCUAUAAGUGUUCUGGCCCUGGCAUAAACCGGCCCCAGCUUGGCUAUCCAGAGGAAACAACCCAAGAUCACAUUGCAAACUCUUUUCACAAUAUAUUUAUUGAUGUUCAAGAACAACUGGUGAUGUAUAGAGAAUUAACCGAGCCUGUUUGCAUCUAGUUUCCUUUUUCUUUUCUAUUUUUCUUUUUUUUUUACCGUCAGUGAUAGUGUCCAAGAAAAGCGCAGGCUUCUGAUUUCCCUUUGCUGUAAAUCUUUUGCUUCUCCAAACGUAAUGAAACGUAUGUUAUGCAGCGCAUGGCGACCAGUGUGGCUAGGAUAGCAUUGCUGAUCUGACCCGCACAUUCCUCCCCCACACACCUAGUCACUGACUGUAACAUUAGCCAUUAGCACGGCCCCUUCUCGCUGCUACAUUUCUCUGUACACAGCACCCGGGACACGCUGGUCAGCUCUUGGUGGCCUGUUCAAGUGCUACGCAAGCUACUGCUACAACAGAUGGUCUUGGAAGGCUGUUUUGUAUGCUUACAUGUGCUUGGUCCUGUCCAGGGAUGUUUCUCACGUAAUCAUACAAGUGGUCGUAGAGCACCUCGUGUUCUUGGUCCUGUGCAGGUGUUGUUCUGUAGUCAAUAAGAUUCGGUUUAAUUUGUCUGAGAAAUGAGAAGCCCGCACCCAAUGUUUUGUCUAGACUUGAUUGGGGACCACCAUGAGAGUGUUGUGCGUAUUUGCAUUUGUCAGUGUAGUAGAUGCGUUUGUGUUCAGUAUAUCACUGGCUUUUGAUUUUCUCGUUCAUUUGACACGUUGGGGGGGGGGGGUGGGUGCGGGUUUAGUCCGCCAUCUUUCUCGCUAUAUUGCUCUUACUCUUCGUGCCAAUGAUUUUGAUGAGCAAUGUUUGUUUUUUAUGAACUCGUAAGUUUAACCCUUCAUUAGCCUCUUUUUAUUUCAAGAUACGGCAUCACUCACACAUUGUCGAUUCGACUAGACUGACCACUGUAGCUAUGGAUGGGGCACAGAGGAUUCCGCUACAUGUUUUACGGGAUGAGAAUAGAAAGAGUGAAUGUGAAUGAGAAUUUAGUCUCUUACAGUGUAGUCAAAAGAAGCCUUUCAUUCCCUCAGCUGUUUCCCUACCAGUUUUUCAUCAGUCUCUGCGAGGAAUAAACCUUGAUUGUUAUUGAAUUCUCCUCACAGUUGGAAUGCUGUAUUGUAUCUUGAACUGAAUAAAGUAAUUCAAAGGUUUCAA